AUGGAGUCGGAAAAAAUUGUUUCGACUCACUACAACGUUGAUAUUACUCAAUCCGACACUCUAGAUCUGAUCCGCCACGCGCAAGAGAGUGAUGCUGCGGAUAGGUUGCUCACCGUUCGUCAGGCUUUGUCCAAGUACAAAAAGGCUGUUUUCUGGGCCAUGUUCCUAUCCACCAGUCUAGUCAUGGAAGGUUAUGACUUGGUUAUCAUCAAUUCGUUCUACGGCCAAACACAGUUCCAGAAUCGAUUUGGCAUCGCAGAUCCAGAGACAGGAAAAAAGACUAUUCCUGCAAGGUGGCAGUCGGGACUGUCCAAUUCAGCGCUCGUGGGUCAGCUGGCAGGACUGCUGAUCAAUGCCUACACCCAAGACCGAUUUGGCUGUCGGCCUACAAUGAUUUUGUUCAUGAUAUGGAUGACCGUGGUUCUCUUCAUCCCCGUAUUUGCCCCAUCGCUCUCAGUGCUGGCUUUUGGUGAAUCUAUGUGUGGGAUUCCAUGGGGUGUCUUUCAGACAUUGUCAACGACCUAUGCUUCGGAAGUCGUGCCAACAAUCCUUCGGCCAUACGUGACCGCGUAUGUAUGCAUGUGUUGGGGCGCUGGUAUUCUUCUCUCCUCUGGAGUAGUUCGAGCAGUAGCUGGUCUUGAGGGCAACCUUGGCUGGAGACUCCCCUUUGCACUUCAAUUUAUUUGGCCUGUGCCGUUGGCCAUUGGCGCUUACCUCGCUCCCGAGUCACCAUGGAAUGCAGUCCGCCGCGGUAGGUUCGAGGAAGCUCGAGCAAGUUUAAUGCGCUUGCGACAAGAGACACCAGAGAAGGAGAGGGAGGUGGACGCCAGCCUGGCUUAUAUCAAGUACACGACAGAACUCGAGAAAGCCGAAACAGCAAAUGCCAGCUUUAUUGAGUGUUUCAAGGGGACGAACUUGCGUCGCACCGAGAUUAACUGUGUUGUCUGGGCGACCCAGAUCCUUUGCGGCAAUGCUAUCCUCGGGUAUUCCGUCGUGUUCCUAGAAGCCGCUGGAUUCUCCGAGCUUCAAGCGUUCGACGUCAAUAUUUCCCUAUCCGCCUGCUAUAUUAUUGGAGGUAUUAUUUGUUGGCUUUUGUUCCCCCAUUUAGGCAGAGCCACCAUUUACAUCGGAGGCUGCGUCCUGAUGUUUUUAUGUCUGGUCGCAAUCGGUGGCCUUGGCUUCUCGGAGUCGAAGAAUUCCCAUCUAGCCGUGGGAAUCUUGUUGGUCAUAUCCACGCUGAUUAACAUGAUCACCACUGGACCCGCGUGCUAUCCCAUUGUGGCAGAGACUCCAUCUGGAAGACUGAGGUACAAGACCAUUGUGAUUGGAAGAUUUACCUACAAUCUCACCGGCAUCUUCUCAAAUUCGGUGACACCUCGUAUGAUUGCGGCUGAUGCUUGGAACUGGGGUGCAAAGGCCGGCUUCUUCUAUGCUGGAACUAACCUUCUUUGCACGAUUUGGUGCUGGUUUCGAUUGCCUGAAACUAAGGAUCGCACCUUUGGCGAGAUCGAUUUAAUGUUCGAGAAUCACGUUCCGGCAAGAAAAUUCAAGUACACAAAGGUCGACCCAAACAAAGAAUUCUCUGUGGGACAAAAUGAUUAUAAAAGUGAAAAGGAACAGGUGGAAAUGCUCGUUGAGAAGCAUGUCAGCGCUGAACAUCGGGCUAUGGGAACAGGUCUGUCUUGA